AUGGCGUCUGAAAAUCUAGGGCCGAAGAGCAAGUUCGAGGUUGCGCUUUUUCUGGCUGCUAGUAAGGGAUAUGAGUCGAUUGUGCAACUUUUGCUCAGCACCCCUGGUGUGGCAUUGGAUUGUAAGGAUGAAGAUGGUCGAAGUGCGCUUUCCUGGGCUGCAGAGGAGGGUCAUGAGAAAGUAGUUCAGCUCUUGAUGGCCAGCGGGAAUGUUGAUGUUAACGCGAGGGAUACCAAGCUUGGUCAGACUCCUCUCUGCUGGGCAGUUAAAAAUGGACAUGAAGGAGUGGUGAGCCAACUUCUGGCGCGCAGUGAAGUCGAUCCCAACAUCCCAGAUCUGAACGGUAAUACACCAUUGUACUGGGCUGCCGAGAAGGGAAAGCCGACGAUAAUGGCGUUGUUGCUGAAAAGGAAUGCCGACCCUGGAAUCAAAGAUACUAAUGGCCGGACGCCGUUGCUCUGGGCUGCGGAUAAAGGCCAUGUUGAAGUUGUCAUGUUGCUCAUUGGCUCUGGUAAAGUCAACGUCGAUGACGCAGAUGCUGCUGGUCGUACGCCCUUGUGGUGGGCUGCUCGAAAUGGGCAUUUACCAGUCGUGCAAUUGCUGGUGCGACAGGGUGCCAACUUGGAAGCGCAUCCUCCUCUCGACAGUGAAACACAAGGACCACACGGCACACCACUGUAUCAGGCUGUGCGCCAAGGACACAUUGAGGUGGUCAGAUAUUUGGUGAGAAAAGGGGCGGAUAAGAAUUCACCUUUCGGGGAGCUUGGCCUGCCAUUGGUAUUGACACUGGUCAUGUACGAUAGAAGCAAGCGCAGUAUGAUGAAGAUGCUGCAGCUUUUACUGAAGAAAGGUGCAGAUGUCAACGUGAAGGAUAACUCCGGUCAAACAAGCUUACAUAUAGCGUCUAAGAACGGUGAUGCUGAAUUGGCUACUCUCCUUCUGCAUAUGGGCGCAGAAGUCAACGAGCCGGACAAAGAGGGCAAGACAGCCCUGCAUUAUGCAGUGCGAUAUGAGCAUGACAGUAUUGCAGAAUUGCUACUCUCGAGUGGCGCUGAACCUGACGCGCAAGAUGACCUUGGCGAUACACCCCUCCAUAUUGCACCUCCGGCAUUUCCAGAAGCAUGGUAG